AUGUCUUCAAAUAUAGAGCUAGUUCCAUUUUAUUCUUCUUUGCUUCGUACAAUAUAAAGUAUGUUUCAAUAGAAAUUGAUUACAGCUGAAGAAAGAAGUGAGUUGAAGAAUUUUGUUGUUUCUAAUGAUACGAAAGAUUUAAGACAAUUAUUUAAAUCGUAUGAAAAAGGGGAAUUGGAGGAAUUCAUUUUAGAAAAUUAUAUAAAUCCAAAAAAUAAAGAACAAUUUAAUGAAGAUGAUGAUGACUCAUGUUAUUCUAUAUCUGAUAUUGAAUGCUAAAAAAGUACAUUAAGUUGCACUCCAAAUUAAUUUGUAGAGUAAUUGAAAUAAUCCAAGAAAGUAAAAUAAGAAAAAGAAGGUAUUCGUAAAAGAUCAAACUCACUUACAUCAUUUAAAGAGUUAUGAAGAUAGAAAACUGGAC